AACUAAGUAAAAUAGUGUUAAAAUGUGCGAUUUAUUAAUUUUUAAAACUUAACGAUGUGCGAAUGGCUGUCGAGCGGCGAGUGGUCCGACGUGCGGUUGAUGUGCGGCGGACGCAGUUUCAGUGCACACCGCGCAGUCCUCGCCAGUGUUAGCUCCUAUCUAAGGGAAGUACUUCUCUCGUGUCCAGCAAAAGACUCGCCAGCUUAUAUUAUCUUGCCAGAAUUUGAUCUCGAUGCUUUAUCAUCCGUUCUGUACUAUAUUUAUCACGGCGAAGUUGUUAUACAACGACGUCAACUUAACGAAUUUUUGGAUAUCAUUAGAAAUUUGAAGAUUUAUAUUGAUCCCCAAUAUUUGAUUAAAAUUAGUAAUGUUAUGGAAAAAUCACGUGUAGAUCUUAGCUAUGAGUAUCAAGAAAAAUAUCUGGCGAUGAAUGAUGAUACAACGUGUUCGGAUGCGAAUAGCGAGUGCGAGUAUGCUAAUGCUAAUUUGAAGAAAGGCGUUGAAAGUAUCAUGUAUAAGGUACAAUAUUCGUUAAAUGGUUUCGAUUUCGGAGAUAAACAAAUCCGGACUCGGAGUGAAAAGUUUAGUUCAUCUGCUGGUGAUGUAGUGCAAUGUAAAGACCGACAAAGAGGCUCGUUGCUACGUGAUUUAUUUAUUGAGACAUAUGCUCGGAACGGUUGUAGUAACGGUCUGGGGGCGGGCGUGCUGGCAAUAUCAAAUGAGCGUUAUCGUGGGUCGACAUCUGUUCUUUUCAAGAAUGCUAAUGCCGUCCAUCCUACCACACUCGCUGAGACACAUGAGAUUGUGUCUGAACUAAGAUCGUACGUAUCACCGACGUCUAACAGACCUCUCACUUCACAUGAAAACUAUGAAGUUUUAAAAAACUGUACGAAACAAUCGUUUGUUAAAAUUAAUAGAAGUAAAGUUGAUGAAAAAGUUUUAACUGAAGAUAGACGCGAAAAAGAAUUGUGGGUGAAUAGUUUACACUUGCCUUUAAAUUUCAAUAACAAUUAUUCAAUCAGAUCAGAAAGUUCCACAUUAGACUUAAGAAUGUCACCUAAAUCAGACGGUGUCAAUUGUCUCUUUACAAGAAAUAAAUUUGUGGAUAGUUCUUCUAUAAAAGAAUUCAACGAACGAAUACAUACAAAAAAUGAGAUUAAUUACAAGAGUUUGGAUUUAAAAAAAAUAACGACACGAGAAGUUAUCCUAAAUGAAGUGCUAGAAAGUCCUUGGAUCCCUCGGUUACCUUAUUACUACAAGCCAUUUCGUAGAAAAACCGUUGAAACUUUUCCAGUCAUUUUGGCUAAGAGUCAUCUUGAUGUCGGUAGUGAUAAAAAUAAUAACAUAAACGAAGAACUUUCCUCGAGUACGAUUGAUGUUACGAAAAACGAUUCAAAUAGUGAAAUUAAAGAUGCAGCAAAAUCACGUUCUCGUCGUCUGAGCGCUAGAGACUUGAAAUGCACAGCUUGUAACCAGGUGUUCUCGAGUGAGGAAUCUUUUACAACGCACAUGCGUCGGCAUACAUCUAUGACUAGAUACAGUUGCGGAGAAUGUUAUAAAACCUUUUCGCAACUCCGCAAUUUUAAAUAUCACAUGUCGGUGCAUCGCGGCACUAAAGAGUUCGCUACUACUUGUCCUGUCUGCGGGAAAUACUUUAACGAUAGAGGAUAUCUGAGUAGCCAUAUGAAAAUACACAGAAAUAGGAAGGAAUACAAGUGUUCAAUGUGUCCAAAGUCGUUCAACCAGCGAGUGGCUUAUAAUAUGCAUGUUAGGAUACACACAGGUGUAAAGCCACAUGUGUGCGGUGAAUGCGGCAAAGCAUUUUCACGCAAGAUGUUACUGAAGCAACAUGCGCGUACGCACUCCGGUGAACGGCCCUACGCCUGCCCGCACUGUGAUCGUCGGUUCGCAGAUCGCUCCAAUAUGACCCUUCAUUUAAGACUGCAUACUGGAGUCAAGCCUUUCUCGUGUUCGUUGUGUCCCAAAUCAUUUACAAAGAAGCAUCACUUAAAGUCACAUCUUAAUUUUCACACCGGGGCCAAACCUUAUUCUUGUCCAAGAUGUAAACUCGCCUUUACUCAGUCUUCGAACAUGAGAACCCAUCUCAAAAAAUGCAACGCACCUGACGCAAUUCUCACACCAGAAGCUUCUUCUUAAGUUAUGCAAAUAGAAUAUUUUGUGAAUAAUCCAACCAGAUGGAAUCCCUUGUUCAAGUCAGGCCAAAAAGCUC